UCUUCUCUUCCCCACCACUCACACUUCUCCACUCUCCAAACACAUUAUCAUCAUGUCCGCUGCUGCUGCUGCUCAAGCUGCUAAGAAGGCACCCUCUGUCUUCAAGACCUGGUUCGUUGUCGAGGCCAUCCCCAUCUACGCUGUCCUUGGUGCUGCUCUUGGUGGUGCCGGCUGGUACGUCACUCGCCUUGCUCGUGGUCCCGAUGUCACCUGGGACCGCAAGAACAACCCCCACCCCUGGUUGCACAUUGACCAACAGACUCAACUCAAGUUGAUGACUGUCAAGGAGGGUCAGGGCUUCACUAAGUCCUACUCCCGUGAUCGUCUGUAAAAAAAAAUAACAGCAAUCAUAAAUUGACAGGAAACAGUCGCAACAAACAGGAAGGAUAGAAGAAUGGAGGAAAGGAAAAGAGAUGAGGAAGAAAAGAAAAAAAAAACAAUCACUACGACCUUGAUCAAGCGUUUUUGAUUAUGAAGUUCUUUUUAAUUCCUCAGCAAUUAUCAUUCCAUCAUCAGUUUUACUUUCUUUACAAUGCGAUGCCGAC